GUCGGUUCGGUCCCUCUAUUGGCUCCCCGCCCCCAGGCAGGUCCCCGGCAAAACUUCCCGGCUCCCGGACCGACCCCGCUGGCUAGUGGCCUCUACCCCUCCUCUUUCCGGCUUCUCCCGCCUCCGCUUUUUAGGGGAAGAAGGGUCUGCUGUUGUAGGGAGGGAACAGAGAGAAGGAAAUCUUACUUCAGCCUUGCUCUAGAUUAGACAUCAGCUAGAACUUCCCCAUUGUGACGGGAAGGGGGUGUCUCCUCGACCUCGAUUCAUUGUGGCCAGCCUGCCCAGAGGGUGAUAGAGCUGAUGACUUCCAUCAGCGACCGCUGGGUGUGAAACUCUGGUGUGAUAACACCUCUGGCUGGGGCUGCCAGAGUGAAAAUGAGGGCGAGCGAACUGUUGCUGGGAUGCUGUGGAGGUGGUAACAAGGCAGGCUGGAGCUAGUCAUCCUGAAUUGGUGAGCUGGAGCCCCACGGCUUCGGGGACACAGCAACUUGGUGAGGGGUACAGAGCUCCGGACUGGACAGCCCCGGAUCUGGCCGCAGUUCCCCUUUCGGGUCUCCAUCCUGGGUUCAAAGGUGAAGAGAACCUCGGCCCCGCGGGUAGAACCAGCUGGCACCGCCUGGGACAGGCUUACCACCCUACAUGUUCCCAGAGUCUGCAAGGCCCUCUGCGAGUUCCCAAGGCAGAGGAGGUAGAGCCUGAAGCCAGUGGAUGAAGAGACAGAAGCUAAAAGAUUCCAAAAAAGGAUGCGUGAGAGGGCCACGCAGACCUGGAACACGGGCGGCUGGCUGCUGGCACUUUGCCUGGCCUGGCUGUGGACCCGCCUGGCCUCAGCUUCCUUGCAGCCUCCAACUCCGACAGUCCCCGUGAAGCAGGGCACCUGCGAGGUGAUCGCCACCCACCGCUGCUGUAACCGGAACCACAUCGAGGAGCGCUCCCAGACCGUUAAGUGCUCUUGCUUUUCUGGCCAGGUGGCCGGCACCACCCGGGCAAAGCCCUCCUGUGUGGAUGCCUCCAUAGUCCUGCAGAAGUGGUGGUGUCACAUGGAGCCCUGCCUGCCAGGGGAGGAGUGUAAAGUGCUCCCGGACCUGUCGGGGUGGAGUUGCAGCAGUGGACACAAAGUCAGAACCACCAAGGUGACACGAUAGCUCUUGGGGUCAUGACCUGACAGCUUGAUUGAGCUAUGGACGAGAGAAGGGUGGCCAGUUAUCAGCCGGCAAAUAUUGGGAUUUGCUUACCUGACCCAUACCCUGUGCCCAGUACACGGUCCUCUUUCCAGGGGCAUUGCAGUCAAACUUCUCAGCAGAUCCAGACUUCAUAUCUCCAGGCCCAUCUCCAGUCACAUACCUGUGAUGCUGGGCUCUCCUGGGAGACAGAAGACAGUCAAGAUACAAUCCCUACCCUUUAAGGAGUGUUCAGUUAAGUUGGAGAGCAGACGAGAGGCAAUCUGGACAAUUUAGACUAAAGUGUGUGGUAUCAGGCUGUGGUUUCUGGACCAUAUGCUGUGAGCAUGUUGGGGUUUGAGGAGGAGACUCCCACAGCUCGUCGGCCACCCCCUAGCCACAGGGCACAAAGACAAGAGGUCAUAUUCACCACCCACUACUUCCCCACUUCACGUCCCUCUGAAUCCCCUGCAAGUGCUGACCUGCUAAAGGAAAACUCUCCCCUGAUGCUUGACCACCUGUAUCUCAUUUGGAUGGGACUGAAUUGACUUGGGAAGGGAAAGCCGAGAUGAAGCCGAACAACUUUCCCGAAAAGCUUCUGCAGGGGCCUUGCCUGCUUUGGGCAUGCUGGGUAUGGGCUGGACAGGACUGUAAAUCCACCCCACCCAGGUACCGCAAGUUUUUGUUUGUUUGCUCAUUCUAACAGAUGACGAAACUGAUUCCCACAGAGAUGAGAUGACUGGCCCAAGGUCUUAGUGCUUGGGCUCCUAAAUCUCUAAGACUGCUAACCUUUCGCUUAGCCUGGAUAUUAGGAUUGCAGCCUGGGUCUUCCAUGCUAUUUUUAGCUCAAGAACAGGAAUCUGCAAAAAACUGGCCGGACAGCAAAAUGAUUCUGAGCAAGAACUUUUACAAAGGUGACUCCUCUCUGAAAUAAUCCAGAACAUCUACUCACCAGGAUGUGGGGCCACUGGAUCUCCUCUCUGCCCUCAGCCCCAAAACUUCCAAACAGUCCCCUGACAGUCCAGUUACAGGUGGGCACUCUGAGCUGGUGGCCUCAUUGUUCUCUCGAACCUGUCUCUUCCGGAGUCCUUAGGAGUCUACACCUCUCAGAAGCUCUGGCUCCAAGAGAGGGUCUGGGGUAGCAUCCAGGGUAGGCUCAUCAGAGUCCUCUUCCUUCUAAGGCCCUUCUGGGCAGCAAGGGAACCCCUGGUGGGCUGGAUAGAGACUCUGUCCAGGCCUGAGGGUCAGCCAGUGAGAUUGGCACCCUAGAUAGUUUGGAGAUGACACAUACACAGGCCUCAGAGAUGCAAAUUACUUGCAUGUCUCAUCAGUAAGAAAAUCACAGACAGCCUCAAUGACUACUGGCAUCGACGGGGAUCGACUGGGAUCGCCAGGACUACGGGAUGUGAUGGGCCUUGAGGGGAAGGGUGUCAGUGGAGAACAGCUGGGACAGUGCUAAAUUCUGACUCUCGGAGAAGACAAAUCAGGGUUGGGGCUUAGUCUCAGCCCCUCUGUGCCUCUCUCUCCCUCCCUCCCCAUGUCGGAAAAUCAAGAACAUUCACCCCACUCCGGGGUUUAUCUUCUUGUUUUUGCCUUUUCAUUGCUUUUGGUAACAGGAUGAACAAUGAUGCUGGCUUCACGCUAGACUGUUACUGUCAGAAUUCUGACAACUUCGAAUCUCUCUGCACACAGUGGGGUCAUAGGGUGGGGUAGUCAAAGAGUAGGUCAAAGGUGGUCAUUGCUUCCUUCAGGUUUCGGAAUGGGUUAAGGGAUUGGCAUACUUUCUGGAAAGGAUAGUAAAUAUUCACAGGCUACAGACAGUCUCUGUGGCAUAUUUGUCUUUGUUGUUUAUUUUGUUUCAUGUUGUUUUUUAAAAAAGCCUUUUAGAAUGUGAAAACCAUUCUUAGUUCAAGGCCUAUACAAAACCAGGCCCCAGGCAAUUUUUGGAAGGUUGCCAGCCCCAGUGAACCUUUGAAGGCAGGCCAUCUCUGCAGCUUGAGUCUGCCUCCCGGCCUGCCUUCAGUGCAGUGGGAACCUGAGCUGGAGGGCUGGGUAGGGUUUUGUUUUUCUUCUAAUGUUCCUUGAGAGAUUGGCAAGUGAAUUAUUUAGACUACAAAUGAGACAGCUUUAACUGAGUCAGAGAGGAAGAGCCUGCUCUCCUUGAAGCCAGGAUGUGGGCUUCUCUACUCCCUUCCCAUCCCUCAAGACUGUGUCCAGGAGGGAGGGAGAGGACUCCAGUCUCCUGCCCAUCUUGCUGCAUCUGCAGUCACUGGGCUGUGAGCUGGGGGAUGAUACUAUACCUGAGCUGCCAACCGCCACCAGCCCCUGCCUCAUCCAGGCUCCUUGGUCCUCCCUGACCUUCCUCAUCCUUGCUUCAGAGAAGACUGCUUUCCUUUGGCACAUGCUGGAGUUUGCUCAUUCAUUUUUUUAACUCCUCAAAGCCUCCAUUUCCUCUUGACCCAUUCAUAUGUUUAUUUGAUGGGCUUUGAGGGGUAUUCUUUAUUUGGCCAGGAGAGCCCCAUACAACAGGAUCUGGUGGAGAAGGAAAAGCAUGUCAUCUCCCAACAGAAGCUCCCUUGGAUCCUGCUUCCAACUAAGUCAAUAUUUGUGCACAUUUUGUAGCUAUCUCAGUGGAAGUACAGGAAUGCAAAUGAAUUUUCCUGGAGUACAGAGGUCCUGGAGUCAUUUUAUGUUCCCUUUCUCCCUUAAGUGGGAUGGGCUCUCAGAUUUCCUGAAGUUGGCUGGUAACCCUACCCACCCAGCUUUGGAAGGAAGGUUGCCAACUGCAGAAGAUCAUGUGGCUAAUUUCUGUGGCCUCCUGGCAGUUUCAUUAAGGUCUGUGAGUGACAUCCUAAUUAAUGGCCCCUGACAGUUGGCUGGAGUUGAAGCCACCACUUCCUAAAAUCACAAUCUUAGAGCUAGGAGGGAUUUUAGAGAUCAUUAACCAACACCCUCAUUUGAAAGAUGAAAAAAGGAAGGCUCAGAGAGGUAAGGUAAUUUGCUCAAAAUCACACAGCAAGCUGGUGGCAGAUCCUGCCCAGUGAUCCAGACAAGUGCUCUUUAUCCUACUGCACAUUACCUCUUACCCUGGUAUAGAUGAGGGAUCUGGAAAGAAGCCAGAAUGUUAGCAAGGAUGAAUGUGAAAGAGCCUCACUCUAAAAUCGCUUGACCCUGUAAGUUCAAAAGAACAGAAUAAAGAGGAAUGGGAAGCACUUAGAGAUGUCUACACAGAAAGAGGGGAAAUGGGAUAAAGGGGGGAUUGAGAUCACUCAUUCAGAAGAACAUCAAAACACCAAAGCACUAUACAAAAUAAUUAAAAUGAAGCUUGAUUUCUGUCCUUCUUGGAGGAGAGAGAAUGGAGCCCUUAUCAGUCUUUGGGAGACCUGUGCACCCAGUUUUGAUGGCUUUAGGCUUCUUUAGAGCCUAGUACAGGGGUCUGCAAACCAAAGCCCAUGGACCACAUCUGGUCCACCACCUGUCUUUGUAAAUAAAGUUUUAUUGGAAUAUAA